AGGCGACGGCGGCGGUGGUGGAGGAGGAGGAGGAGGACUCCGGGUGCGGAGGGGAGGAAACAGGCAGCGCUUGCCAUGGCCUCCAACUUUAACGAUAUAGUCAAGCAGGGCUACGUGAAAAUCCGCAGCAGGAAGCUGGGGAUUUUUAGGCGUUGUUGGUUGGUUUUCAAGAAGGCUUCCAGUAAAGGACCCAGGAGGCUAGAAAAAUUUCCAGAUGAGAAGGCAGCAUAUUUCAGGAACUUUCACAAGGUAACUGAGCUGCACAAUAUCAAAAACAUAACCAGAUUGCCGCGAGAGACAAAGAAGCAUGCAGUGGCAAUUAUCUUUCAUGAUGAGACAUCAAAGACAUUUGCGUGUGAGUCAGAACUAGAGGCAGAGGAGUGGUGCAAACAUCUUUGCAUGGAGUGUCUAGGGGCCAGACUCAAUGAUAUAAGUCUUGGGGAACCAGAUUUGCUUGCUGCUGGAGUCCAGAGAGAACAAAAUGAACGGUUCAAUGUAUACCUUAUGCCUACACCAAAUUUAGAUAUCUACGGGGAAUGUACAAUGCAGAUCACACAUGAAAACAUCUAUCUCUGGGACAUCCACAAUGCCAAGGUCAAGCUGGUCAUGUGGCCUCUGAGCUCUUUGAGGAGAUACGGACGUGACUCGACGUGGUUUACAUUUGAGUCUGGAAGGAUGUGUGACACAGGAGAAGGGCUGUUCACCUUUCAAACACGGGAAGGAGAAAUGAUAUAUCAGAAGGUCCAUUCCGCAACACUGGCAAUAGCAGAGCAGCAUGAAAGAUUAAUGAUGGAAAUGGAGCAGAAGGCAAGGCUCCAGACCAGUCUGUCUGAACCAAUGACUUUAUCCAAGUCGAUCUCACUUCCUCGUAGUGCAUAUUGGCAUCACAUCACCCGGCAGAACAGCGUUGGAGAGAUCUACAGUUUACAAGGUCACAACCUCGGCUCAGCGAAGGUGUCCCGGGCGCAGACAUUUCCCAGCUACCCGUCGGAGCAGGGUGAGGAGCACCAGCAGUCCCUGUCGCUGGCCAGCAGCUACGCCUUCAGCUAUGGCUCGGGGCUGGUGCAAUGACAGCCGGGGCUGCCGGCCGAGAUGGACAGUUGAGCCUGGAGCCUCCCGCCAGGACCGGGGAGCCACUGGCCCCCUCUGCACCCACCAUUUGCCGUGAAAACUGAUGCCUACCAGCUCCAGCCGGGUUCCGCCAAUGCGGAAACCUGGAGAGGCGGCUUCCCUGAAGCAGAGGCUAAGUCUUUAUUUAUUUAUUUUGCUGUUCCUUUUGUCGAUAUGUUCAGAAAGGAGGGGGUUGGGGGGUUGGGGGGAGGGAGGAAGGGGGACACGUCUGUGUUGUAAGAAAGUGGUGGAAACAGAUGAAACUAUGUUGGUUGGUGUGAAGGUUUCUGCAUGACCGGAGAAGGUUCCUUCUGGGGCUCCAUGCAAUGGCACAUUUGACAUUGGGGCCUUCCUUCCCACCCCCACCAGCAGGCCAGCCUGUCUUCACCCACAAACUUUGUAGGUCCUUGCCACAGCCUACAAUUCCCGCUGGAGUCACUGAAAUGUCUCCAACUCGAGAUGCAGCAUCAGUUCUGCGGGGGUCACCUUCAGAUCCAAGCAGGUUCACUCACUGCCCUAGAGGGUGGUUGGGUGUUUUUUGAGCCAGAUACCAACAUGUACUGGAGUAGCAGGCUGAUAUGUCUUGUUGGGAAUAGGGUUUGAUGCAUUAAGGUAAGGUUAUGGCCUGGUCUGGCUCUAAUUUUAAAUUCCUGGGGCACAAAUUCAUCCCUUACACGUGCAAUUCUCAUGACACCCCUAAGACCUGUGAGCAUCCCUAUCAGCAGCACAGUCUUGUCCUCAGAACUGCUGCAAAGUCUUCUUGUUCACAAAUUAUUUAGGUAACCAUGCCUGCAAGCCUGACUUUAAAAAGCGGGAAAACUGUUCUUCAAACAAAUAAAAGUGGGCCACAUGCCCAGCUGGCGACCUCCGUGCCACAGCUGGGCCAGACAUGGUAGAGCUGAGCUCUGGUCUUGUCUUUCUGGUCAGCGUUACUUUGAUUUUCUGUGUUUACUUCUCAGAUUUCUGUUUCAGAUGCACAUUGUAUCUUGUAUGAUCAUGUGUCAAGCAUCUGUUUACUUUCAAAAGGAGAAUGAGUACCUCUCAAUGGAAAUCUUCUGUCUUUGGAAGACGUAUUUAAAAAACAAACUGUAGUAGGUGUGUUUGUAAUCAGUAAUGAGGGAAUAAGUUGGAAGGCAUACCUGUAACUGGGGAAUGAAUUUUAUCUAUCCUGAACAUUUAGAUUUUUGUAACUGUUAUCAAAUAUUUAUGUACUCCUCGUGAUGCCCUGAAAUGUUCAAAAUUGUGAGGAGAAAAAUCGGUCCUCUUACAUGAUCUGAGCAGCCUUUGUGUUCUGUUCCUAGUGUGAAACUAUUGCCAUGAUUACCAGAGGGAUUGGUUGUUUCUCAGGACAGGUUGAGGAAAUGUAUCAAGGAGAAGACACAUAGACUCUUUGCCAAUGAAACAAUCGGUUUUAUGUACUAUAAUUUAACUAAAAAAGUGCUGUUGGGUUGUUUUAUAUAUGCACAUUAUAUAUAUAUGUAUUAAAAGGUAUGGAAGAAACUUCUGCUUUUGAUUAACAUUUACUGAUACAGUAUGGUCAGCUUUUCUCCAACCAUUUUCCCAGCUAAGAGACCUUGCAGACUUACAGCUUUCUACACCUCAGUGAACAGCUGCUGAAUAAAAAAGCUUCGUGAUCCACUUGAAUGAAACACUUCUACCCCACCACAAUCACCUUUAUUUAUUUUUCCCCUUUUUCCUGGUCUCAUUCACUACUUCUUUUCCUUCUCACAGUGCUGCCAUACUCAGGAAUAGAAUGGCUCCCUACAGAGAGUAUUUUGAUGAGCUAAAAUGCAAACUGCUCUCCCAUGCUGUCAGGACAAUGUACCUAUGGUGCUCCCAGAGCUGUACCCAUCAAGGAAGCUUCAUUCACACUUUCAUUUAAGAAAAAGAUUCAAUUGACAUUUUGCUUAGGAAAGAUUUCCAGUUUGCAAAUGUUAAAUGCAAAAUGUGAUACAGAAGGAUAGAUAUUCUGCUGCUGUAAUUCUGUUAUUCAGUGCAGCUUUGCCAAAUAUUUGCCUCUUGGGGAAAUGGUCUGUUAUUUUUAUUCCUUUGCAACUGGGAUUCUUUCACUUGCCCUAAAAUUAUAAAUAUUUUCUUUGAAACUCCUUAGAUUAAGUUUUCAAUAUGUUCUACAGGUUUCAAUGCUGUGUCCAAGUAUCUUUUUUCCUCUGUUAUUUUAAUACUAGUUAUUUAAUAUUUACAUAUUCUACAUAGUUCAAAAGUGGGGAAAAGGCAAAACAGGAGAAUAUCGUAACUGCUUUAGAGUUCCAGUGUCCAUAUACUUUAAGAACCUAUCUAAAUCCUGAACCCAGUGCUUCAACUGUAUUUCAAUAAAAAGCAUAAGGUCUAUAUAAUGUUCUUUUUUUGUUCCCUGGGGAACAGUUGCUGUCUAUGGCUUUGUCUUCCUAUGCAGUACCUGAAUAUUGUCAAGUUAAUGAAAAUGUAGAUGCUAUUUUUAAACAAAACACACAAAAAAAAGGGAGGGAGGGGGCAUUAUAGCAGUUUUGGCUAUAUAUAUGGCCAUAUAUAGCAGUUUUACUAAAUAUUUUGCUUUCAUUGCAUAAUGCAACCAUCCUCUCAACUCAUACAUUUAUAAAAUACCUGUGAGGUCUCAUACAGCACACAGAAAAUUGAACAAAGCUGCAGCACACAACCAGUCUAAAGCAAAUCUGACCUGUUGGGAACCUAUUUUUUGUAGAGACGAAACACAAGCACACUGGAAGUUGAAAAUGAGGGUGCAACUUCACAAUGUACUGUAACACAGUCUAAGAAAAACAGGAACCUGAAGCACAAAGGUAUUCAGGAGCCACUGGAUGCUGCCAUUAGUGCCACUCCAGAACAGCAGGUGAUAUCACUGUAACAUCAGUGCAUUCACAUAGCUUCCACAAAUGUUCCUCAGAAAAGCUCCAUGAGAACCAGGCAGACACUGACAACAGUUUGCCAGAAAAUUCUGUUUUCUUGGAAUUGCUUUAAUUCCUGGCAUAUGCCUGUUGAUAACCUAAGUGAUGCCCCACUGAGACUACUUUGUACAGCUCCUAGUGCUUCCACCAGAAGGAAAACUCUCUUUUGGAACACCUGGUAGAGCUGCUUGCCUAGAGACUACAACAGCUUUUAAAUAGACCCAGGGACCCCAGGGGACCCUGUUCCAGUCUCGGCCUUCUUCAUGUGCAAGGCACACAGAUAAUACAUCCUCUCCUGACCCAAGAGUUGCUCUGUUUUCUGCUAAUGAGCUGUGAAGAGAUGGAGGGCAACAAAAUGUCUUCAGUGGCAACCAGGUGCCGCUGGUAUAAAUGGAACUUAGCAUUAGUACAUUAUAAAAUAGAAGAAAUAGAAUAAAUCUAUCGCUUUCAUUUCUGGUUCUGAGGAUGUGUUAUGAAUAUAUAACUGUAACUGUGAUUUACAUUUUUUUUAAAUCACUCUUUGAUAACAAUAUAUUCACCCCUAUGAACCAAUGACACACAGCAUUACUAAAUAUAGCUACUAAUAUAUCUUAACUGUGAAUAUUAUAGAUUGAAGCAUGCUGGUACUUUUGAUUUUGAAGUCACUUGGUGCAGAAAAGGUGAAAUCUAAAGACUGCUAAUAAAUCAUCAAAUGGUGCUAAGGAACUUGAAUAGUCCCAUUUUUUAAACGGCUGCAUGUCAUUAUUUAUAGUUUAAAUUGUGUGUGAGUAUACUCGUCUGAAACAAUUUCAUCUGCCUGUGUAAAAGAAAAAGAAAGGAGAAUCUUGUAGCAGGGAGUUUGUUGUUUUACUGAGGAAAUAUUUAGGCGUUACUUUUUGUGGCAGGCAUGUAUCAAGUUCUGUGGUCACAUGUAUCAAGUUCUGUGUCCUUGGAAGGUUUUUCUGGGUUUGUUUUCUUCAUUUUUUUGUUCCACAAAAGCUACAAGUAGAGCUUGAAAAUGUAUUGACAAACCAAAGAAGUUUGUUGAGACCUUGACAAUAGCUGCUCUCUUGUUUUGUCAGAAGUCUACCUUGACAUUUCGGGAAAAUACUUCAUUCCACAACACAUGUACAGAAAUCCUGUUGGGAUGCAGAAAACUAUAAUCAAGUUUUGUUCUAAGUUAAUAAGGCUUUGCUGGAAGAGAGGUUGAAAUUGAGUAUCUGAGGGCAAAAGUGUUUUAAAGUGCUGUCUAUAGCAAUAAUUCAAGUACAAAAUACAGCCUUCAGGCACCCAUUUAUUUAGAAGUUGUUAAGUGCGGGCAAUCUGUGAAGACCCUUACCUGCUUACGGCAAAGAGAAAAAAAGGUCAAUCAUUAAUCAUAUCUAUGUAUUGCAUUUAUCAGAAAAGGAAGUAACUUCAGGCUUAUUCAGCUUUCCAGUCUAACAGACAAUGCUAUGAGGAGUAGGGGUUUUUUGAGAUAUUUGAUCUCUAGGAACUGACAAAGACCAUCAGCCUGUAGCAUAUAAACCUCUACUCAGACUUAGCUCACCAGUGACAUGUGCUAGUUUUCAUCUGGUAGCCUAGAAACUACAGGGUGGUUUCUUAGAAAAUAUAAUUGUCUUGAAUGGCUGUGCAUUUUAGCAUGAAAUACAGAAUUAUUUACAAAAUACUAAAAAGGGAGGAGUCAUGAGUUCCAAUUAAUCUCUACUUUAGUGUUUAAUAUCAGUGUAUUUUGGCUCCUUUUUAUACCUGCUGCAAAGGAAUAAGUGUGGCUUUUAUCCACACACAGAAUAGAGCGAACAGUGGAAAAAGUGUGAAAAUCUGCUCUUUGAUUACAAGAAUAGAUCCAACAGCACUGGAAAAUUUCAUUUUUCCAUACAUCAUCCAAAUUCUUGUGACUCUUUCCAAACACAUAUAUUACACAACAGGAUGUAUUAGAAUUUUACAUUUUUCACCACAGACAACUGGUCAGAAUGCCUGCCUGUGUUUUGUAAGUAGGAGAUAAUGACUGUGCAACGCCACUGUGGUGACAAAACUUUAAAAUCAAAGGGCUGGAUAUAUGAGUUCUGUAGUUAUAAACUCUUGCACUACAUGAAGGGUGCUGUGUUUGUUCUUGAUAUUAUAAAUAAAUGCUCUUCACUUUUUAUUUUAGAUAAAAAGGUGAGGUAUAUUGGAAACAAGGAUAGGCUUAUGGUGGAAUGAAAGAAAGCUCAAAGAAUAUUGACUCCCUUGUUGUAACAAGAAGUUUGUCUCCCUGUCCAGGUCCUUACCAGACAGUAAAAGGUGAUGAGUGAAGGGCCUGUGUGUCCAGCAAUUAUUUAAAUUGCAUUAUGCUUAGAAACCUAAAUAUUAGAAUCUGCUGGUGAACUGGUGCUAUUGAAGAAAAUAGAAGUUUCACUUUGCAAAGGUCUUUACAUCCAUAUGCAGCUCGACAGAUUUUUACAGAUGUGAUUAAAACAGAUAUGAAAGUAACUGAGGUUUAAGUAUGAUUAGAUAUAAUUACAGCAUUUUAAAAUGUCCAUGUUGUUAUGAAUAUCGCAGGCUGUAAUGGAGACAAUAUUUCCUUUUCAACUGAAUGCAAGGUCAAAAAGUAAUAGGCUCUCUAAUAUGAAGAAGUUAAGCUUUUAAAAUACCACAUUUAAAGUCCCAAAGAAUGAAUUUCAUUGGGGUUUUUUGUUGCUUUGAUACAGAAAUCCUCGUGAGGUUCAACAGUUUUACCAUGUUCUCUUAAAAUCCUGGGAUUUUCAAGUGCAUUAAUAUAUUUUACAGCAGACUUUUUUCCUGUGAGAGUAUUUGACAUGAAUGAAAUUAGUUUUUAAUUAGGAUACACAUUGUUUUCAGUCUUUUUUUAAAUUGUAUGAUAUCAAGAAAGAGUGGGCAUAGAAAAUAGCACAAAAUUAAUUGGCUGUUUUGGCAAUUCCAUACCAAAACAAGGUUUUCAGUUAAACAUUUAUUCUCAUCACUGCUCCUAUACUUAGAAUAAAUUACAUAAAAUAAAAUUAUCCUCGUGGAUGUUAAUUGUCACAUUUCCUGAGUUUCCAUAGAUGACAGGCUGUGACAGGAGAUAUCCAGAACUGCUUUUGGGUAAUUGUUCUGAUUUUAGAUGGUUACAAGGAAAAACAGAAAAUACAUGAAAAAAAGUGUUAUGACUUCUUACCAACGAAUGAUACACACUAACCUUUUAUUUCUUUUUACAUCUUUGAAAAGCAUCAUUAUAGAAAGGUAGAGAAAUUUAUGAAAAGAAGUGCAAAAUGUGGUAAGAAAUCAACGAAAAUAAAACCAGAUUCUGUAAUCUUUAAAAAGAUUAGGAGAAAUUAGCAAACAUUUAAGCACACAGCAGUGGGCCAUGUUGAGUGCAAAACACAUUCUGUAGCAUUCAACUUCUUCUCCUUCUUUAUCAGGAGCUGGAAACAAUGUUUUGUGUUCAGUCUAAUUCACAGCUCUAAGUUACUCUAAACAAAUGGACUGAGGAGUGCUGGGCUCAUUUUCCCUAACCCGACUGCCUAACAUGCAUUAUGCAGUAUAGAAAAAACAGUAUUUUGCACAAUGCAGCACCAUUUUUAUCACACAACUUUUUGGAACUUACUGCAGCCAGACAUUGUCAAAAAUAUGAUUUAGACUAUUUCACAGCUCAUUGAAUUCUGGGAUGAAAGCAAUAUCUUCCUUUAUGAUCCAUAAAAGUACAUACAGAGGUCCUCAAGCUUUAUUCUUCUAAUUACAAAAUGUUCUGACAGAGUUCUGUGGGAAAGUUCCUCCCAUUCUACCACUGUUGGGUGAAUUAUAGACAUUUCAAAGAAAAUAAUAAGUAUCUGCUUAAGACAGUUUUAUUUCAGAGGAAAGAAAAGGGUAUUAGCAGAGAUUAAUUUGAAUACAUGUAAAUAUUUCUAACAUAUAUUCCUCUCUUCAAUUACACAUGUAGAUAUCAGCACAAACAGAGAAAGGUAUUGAAGAAUAAAGAAAGAUACUGUGCUUUUGUUUAUAUCUUAGUAUGAUAAGCUAUUGAUCACUUAAAUAAUUUUAUAAAAUUUAUUGGUUAAUGCAACAAAUGAAUUAUUUAGUGUAACAAUCUAAUUAAACAAGCUGUUAAGAGAGGUGUUAAAUACCCUUUAGAACCACUGAGAUGCUUUUUUUCUAAAACUACAAAAUUCUCUUUUCUAAGUAAGCAUAAGGUUAGAAGAAAUAUGUCAGCCAUGGCUAGUAAUUCAUAUUAAUUAUGUUGGGUAACUAUUCAGGCUAACAAUGUGGAUAGUGUAGAAGUAAUCUUUUGAAACUUGUGUUAGAUAGCUUUGUACAUUUCUUUGGGUAUUUCUAGCUCAAACAUUAUGUUCUAAGUUGUAUGUAGGGAUAUAUAACUGCAAGACUACAGCACAGAUAGUAAGGUAAAUCCACAGCUUUAUAAAUCAAGCCUAAUCAGGGCCAAGAAAUAAGUCAGAGCAGUGGCACUAGUCAGUCCUGUGGCAUGCUGGUAGCCAGCCCCAGCAGCAUCUGAGCUCACACAGCUGGGGCUAUCUCAAUGUUCCUGAGGCUCCCCUGCUUUACAGGAAGUGUUGGCAAACUCAUCACUUGUUUAUCCCAUGGUUAUCCAGAUGCUCAUCCUCUUCUCAUAACGCUCAAUGCUUUGUACUACUAGAAAAGAACAAAAAAAAACCUUAGGGACAAAAGCAGAACCCUCUUGGUGGAGGAGUGUCCUACCAAGCCCUGCAGGCUCUUCUUCAUCCUUAACAUAUGAGUUGUUUCUGUGCAGGAGGCCAGCUUCACAGGGCAGGGGGAGGGCAUGCUUGCUUGUCUGAUGCAGGCUGGGAGAGAACUGGGAAGGGUGUCCCAUUUCCUGAGUGAUUUGGCAGGUAUGAUGCAGGAUGAACCAGCAUUUCAUGUGACAGGGAAAAGCCCGGUCCAGUUUAGUGUUUGGAAGACUGCUGUGGGUCUCGAGCCUCAGGGUGGAACCUUUCGCAGGAGAUAUCAAAGGAGCAGUGAGCCCACACCCUGAGCCCAUACACCCCCUGACACCACACCCCAGGGAGGCACAGCUGUGAAGGUGUCUUGUGCUCUAGCCCAAAACGGUUCCCCAGGAAUGUGUGAGUUUUGGGAAUGUCUUUUAUGUUGCCUUACUUACACCUUAAACAAUACAGUCUGAGAAGGUGGCGGAUAGCUUCUACUCCUGGGGUCUGCAGCCUAAAAGAGCAUUUUAGCACCUUUCUUGUAGACAGACAGGUUGGUUUUGGAAAUAACCCUUAGUGUCAGACUUACAAAGCUGUUUAGAGGAUUAACUCCUAUUGAGCAUCUCAGCUUUGAAGGAAAUUGCACUAGGGAGUACUCACUGAGGCAGAGUUUCAGCUACUGUAAAUAAAUACCAUUGAUUUGGACUUUCACAGAGCUCCAUAACAGAGUAGAUUUAAAGGAGCAUGAUGCACGUAAGAUUUAAAAAUAGAUUUUGAAAAUCAGAGUCCUGGUACCCUGACGUCUUUAUGAUUACAAAAAUAAUAAUCAUCGUCCUUAAAAAAAUACAGACAAAAAAGCACCCAAACAAACCAAAAAAAUCCCACCCCUAGAAAUGAAUCUGGUAGUGAGAUCAAUCCUCUGAACAACCCUCUGAAUCUGAAAUCUUUCCUUUUUCUGAAGUAAGGUUUCUUAUUUGGAUCUCUCAGGAGUAAACUAACAAAUGCAGGUAGCAGCUAUACUUCAACUGUUCUGCUUGCUGCGUUUCCUUAGUCCUCUCCUCCUGUCCCCUAGUCCUGGGAUAAGACCUGGAGAGGAGGCAGGUGAUUAAGUUGCACAGUAUAGUUAGAACAAGCUGUUUCUGACCUUUCUUGAAAACAUUUAGGCACCUAACAGAGAAGGUGUCUGGGAAUUUAGGUCAGGUGGAGGUCAGAAAGAGGGUUAAUUGCUGAACUACCCUGCCAAGUGUGGGGGGGUAGAGGAGUCCAGCUUCUUGCAUUCCUUGGUGGGUCCAGCCCUUAAAACAGCCUGUUUCCUCACAGAAACACUGUUUCACCCCAAGACGCACAGCCAAGGGAGAGCAGAAGACUAACAGAAGGAGCAGUAUCAUGAACAUGUUUCAGUCAGAAAAGUUCUUUAAGGUAAAGGAAUGUAUCUGAAAUGAAUAAAGAAAAGAACAGUUUCUAACUUUCACCUUCUUUCAUAGACUGUGAGUUUCUUUUUUGUCUUGUUGAUCCAAACUCUGGUGACUGCCUUUCCUACAUUCAGAAGUCUUUUUCAAAGAGAUGCGAGUUUACACCCUCUAAAGACUUAGUUGUACUAUAAUCAUUGAAUAUUCCUUUGAACAUCGAAUUUAAACAUUUUCCUUUUCGACCCAAUGAAAAUAGAUUAAUUUUAUUAUUAUGGAAAAGGUCUUACUUUUCUUGAAUCUCAUAUAUUCAUUGUCAAAUCACACACAUGGUAGUUACCCUAGAAUACCCUUCAAGGUAUUUAAUGCUCAGUUUUAAUGACAACACAUUUUAUUAUAUUUAUUUCCUUUCAGCAAAGUUUCUAAGACCUUAAAAAGCCCACAGAAUUAUUUUAUAGUUUAGAUGGUAUGCUGAGCUGGUUGCUAUCCAUGGUUGUGUCAUUUUGCUUUGUUGAUUCUGUUUUCCUCCCUCUUAACUAUUUGAGUGAGUGGUGCAGCAUGAAAUAGCACAGUAACUGUUCAAUAGAAAACUUCCAAGUUACAGUUGAUGGCGUUUAUUCAAAAGAAAUGAAAAAAUUUCCAAAAGGAAAGUACAAAUCUAUGGGAAAUAUUGAAACUAAGCAGCAAUAAACAGCAGUUUGUUUACACUGGAAAGUCUAUUUACGUAAUCCAAACAGCAAACAAACUCUUAUUGGGUCCCAACCUCUUAGACUCAUAAAACAUUUAAAGAGUUCUAAUAUUGCAUUUCAAAUUGAGCUUUUCAAAGUUUCUUUUGUGUGUAGCCUACUAGUUUUUAAACCAAUGAGAAUAUUGAUAAGUUUGGGGUUGUUUUCUUUUUGGUUUUAAUUUGUAUCAGUCACUUGUUCAGCUGCUGUUCACUGAUAUGACUAUGGUACAAAAAUGAAGCUGUUGCUUUGGGAUUGUUUUUUGAAAAAAAAAAAAUGUUGUUCUUAUUAUGCUAUGUGUGAUGUGAUUUUCCCUGUGGAUUAUCCUGAUAGAACUAAUAUGUUUACGGAAUUUGAAUUAAAACAGAUUAAAUACCUGCAAAGGAGUGCACUACAGAUUUUGUUUUCUCUUCAAAUCUCAAAAAUAAGGAGUUGUUUCAAAAAGACAACUGAAAGUACCAAGAGAGAAAAGAAAUAAGGGCAGUACCACAAAUAAUCAAAACAAUCUGGUAUUCCAGAUAUUUAACCUCAACCUCUCCCCUUUUUUUACCCUCAGUAAAGCAGGGAUGUAUUUUGACUGUCUCUAAAAGCAGUAAAACCAUAUUCUCAGCUUAUGGAUGUUUGUGUAUCAGGAUUCCAACUGAGAACUUUAGUGUAAUCAAAUCCAUUACAUUAUCAUUUUGGCAUUUUACUAUCAGGGGGAUCAUAAGAAAUGACCCAAUGCUACAAGGUUUCAUUUGUAAGGCUGUGCACAACAUAGAAUUAUCUGCUAUGACAUUUGAUAACUCAGGAAAUAAACCAGCUUGUUAGUAGUACAGUUCUGUGUAUCCUCAUCAAUUUCACAUUCAAGCAUUUGUAUAUCUGAAAACUUUCAGCAAGUGAAAUUAAAAGAAAAAAGCAAACAUCCAUUGCAACGUGUCCUUGUUCAGGAGUACAGAAAACCAAAACAAGAUGUUUUUAAUGGUAUGUGACAUUGUAAACAAUUUAAGUCUUGAGCAUAAGUUGAAAGGACACUUUAGUUUAGGAUUUUAGAUUUUUAGCUGAAGUGUAGGAUAACCACAUGAUGCUACUGUUGCUCAAAUAGUGAAGAGAAGCCUUGUGUCCAUGUUAUUCUCAGAAGAACCUAGGCUCCUAUUUUCCUGUGCACGUAAAGGAAGCUUUCCACUGGAGAAGGCUGCGCAAAAUGUGCUUUUCACUGUCAGGCUGUGAUGCUCUUCCUAGCCAGCCAAGCAGAACUGGUACCUGAUUUGUAGACAGACCCAUGAUGCCUUCGCCACUAACCCCUUUCAAAAAAAACAAACCAAACAAAAAUCCCAAACACCAUAUCCAGCAACAUUUUUACAUAUGCUUCAAGAGAGAAGUGGAAUCAGGCAUAGGUGGGCCAGGCACACAGUUUGCAGUAUGCAGAUAUAGAUGAUUAUCAGCUGUCAUGGUAACACCUUCAUUUACUGGGAUUCUGUCCUCAGUAAUUCAGCAGAUUUGUAAAAGGCCAAAAGAUGCAUAGAUCCUAAUUCUCAGGUCUGCCUUCUAGUUCUCCUUGUUUAAGGAUUUAUUUUUUUUGUCUGUUUGUUCAAUUUCUGUGUGAUUUCUUCUGUAGGUUUCAGCAGAAUAUAUACAUAUGCACACAUACAACUACAUAUGUAUGUGUAUUGUUUUGUAAAUGUUCUCAGUCAUGCUUUCUUCUGCUUUGCAUCAUUUACUCAUAUACCUUCCAUGUUUCUCAUUUAUUUUUUGCGCAAUUAAACCUUAUAAUAAAUUAUUAAAUAUAACCUGACAGUGA